UACAAGUGGACGGAAAGGGGAGACUUUUUCCACAGUGCAACCGCUCUGUUCGUUAGCAACAUGCAUUUUCCAUUUGCAUAUACAAAUAGAACCACAUUUUCACUGGGGACCUUUUCAAACACUUAGCAACAAAUAUGGAGAAUUUCGAACAAACUACUGAAGAGAUCCCGUCGACGACAAGUCCUUUCGACGAUCACAACUACGACGGCUUCGAUCAUUCCCAGCGUUAUGAGUUCGAUGUUCCCUCCGCCGAUGACGCCGGCGGUGUUCCUCCUCCGAUGCCGUCUGAUAUAGAUGAUUUCUCUGCCGGUGAACAGCAGCAUUACUAUCAUGAUAACAUGCAGUCGCCGGAGAACACUGGAUUUGUUUCAUCUCCUAAUCGCGAGUAUCAGGGUUCACCUUUUCAUGAGACAGCGGAGGGUAAUCAAGGAUCUGAUGUGCAAUCCAAGCCCUAUGAUCUCGGAGAGGAUACGAAUGGCAUUUUCUCAUCCGGUACUGAUGGACCGUUGCUCCCUGAUCCUACCGAGAUGCGUGAGGAAGGUGCUGCUUUUCGCGAAUGGCGUCGCCAAAAUGCCAUUUAUCUUGAGGAGAAGGAGAAGAAGGAAAAGGAAAUGAGGAAUCAGAUUAUUGCUGAAGCUGAGGAGUAUAUACAAGCAUUUUAUGAAAAACGGAAGCUCAAUUGUGAGUCCACAAAAGCUAAUAACCGAGAAAGGGAGAAAUUGUACCUGGCCAACCAAGAGAAAUUUCACAAAGAAGCUCACAAACAAUACUUUAAAGCAAUUGCAGAGAUUAUACCCCGUGAGGUCCCUAAUAUUGAGAAGAGAAGAGGCAAGAAGGAGGAGGAGAAGAAGCCUUCAGUUUCAGUCAUCCAGGGUCCAAAGCCUGGGAAACCCACUGACCUGUCUAGAAUGCGCCAGCUUUUUCUCAAGCUGAAGCAGAACCCUCCACCACAUAUGUUACCUCCUCCUGAGAAAGACAAGGAUGGUAAGGAUGGAAAGGAAGGUAAGGAUGCCAAGGAAGGAAAGGACGGGAAGGAUACGAAGGAAGGAAAGGAUGCCAAAAACGAAAAGAGUUCCACACCAAAGGAGGCUAAGGAUGGCAAAAAUGAGAAAAUCGCAACACCAAAGGCGUCUAAGGAUGCCAAAAAUAAGAAAAGUCCCAAAGGAAAAACAGCUAAUGAUGCCAAGAACGAGGAAAAUGCCGCACAACAAGGAUCUCCAGCUGCUGCUAUUGACAAGGCUGUUUCAUCAGUCCAGGAUGCUGCACAACAAGGAUCUCCAAGUGCUGCUAUUGACAAGCUUGUUUCACCAGUCAAGGAUGCUGCACAACAAGGAUCUCCGGCUGCUGCUAGUGUUGGUACUCCAAACGGAUCAAAGGCGGAUACACUAACUUCAGUCGAAGGCGGAAAAGUUGCAGAAAGUGAUUCUGCCUCAACUGCAUAAGUUAGUUCCAACAACGCACUUUCUCUACUAGCCUAAUUAGUUCUUAUUACGCUUUUCUAGAGUCAUUAUCAUUUAUUCAUUCUUUUAACCUUGUUGCUCUCUUUCUAGUUACAAAUAAGAGCGACUGGACUUUUGAGGACAUACGAUCUACAGCCAGGGGUUUCUUCCUGAUGUGUUUAGGCUUCUUUUUGCUUAGUCACACGAUGAAUUUGUUGUUUCCUUUUCCAUUAUACAAUUCGAAGUAGCUAUUGUAGCAGAAAUUUCAGCUUGCUAUUUUUGUGCUUCGAAAUUUUUGUUUAUAAUGUGCAUAAGUUCAUGGCAUAGGACUGUAAUUUGAUAUA